AGAGAAACACUAUCCUCCUCUGAAAAAUGUCAGACAUUCUCAAAAACCCAGAAAAUUUUGUAGUUAAGGUGAGUAGGAAAAGUGUUGUGAAAGCACUGAAUCCUCCACAAGAACCAUUUUCAAUCACUCUCUCAAAUCUUGACCUGCUUUCAGGUCGUUUUCCUGUUACAUACUUGUAUUUCUACCGCAAACCAGAAUCAGAUAACUUGAAGGCUUUUGUUGAUGCUCUUAAAAGCUCUCUGGCACAAAUACUUGAUCACUAUUAUCCCUUUGCUGGCCAAAUUGUUCAAAAUCCCAAAACCAGUGAGCCUGAGAUCAUAUGUGACAACAAUGGUGCUCUAAUCAUUGAAGCACACACAGAUACCCCAUUAAAGAGUGUAGAUUUUUAUGAUCUCAAUGAAACUCUUCAAGAUAAGGUAGUCUCAGUUGAACCAGAUUUCCCCACGCAAAUUCAGGUGACUGAAUAUUCAUGUGGAGGUAUGUCUAUAGCCUUUACUUUUGAUCAUGCAUUAGGUGAUGCCAGUUCCUUUGGUAAGUUCAUUGCUUCCUGGUGUGAAAUGGCUCAAAAGAAACCACUCUCCUGCAUACCAGACCAUACUAGACACCUUCGUGCACGUUCUUCUCCCAAUUAUCAACCAUCGUUGGAUCAAAAUUUUGUGAGGUGCACCAUGGAAGAGAUACAGAUCAUGCCAAUGAACCAUAUCUCACUGAAACGCCUUUAUCAUAUCAAAGCAUCAAGCAUCAACAUGCUGCAGAAACUUGCUUCUGGGAAUGGAGUCAAGAAAACAAAGAUUGAGGCUUUCUCCGCGUAUGUAUGGAAGAUAAUGAUUGGUAGCAUUGAUCAAAGGCAUGAAAAGUGCAAGAUGGGUUGGUUGGUGGAUGGAAGAGAAAGGAUGGGAAGAGGUGAGAACUUGAUGUCAAAUUACAUUGGUAAUGUGCUGUCUGUGGCAUUUGGGGAGGCAAGUAUUGAAGAAUUGAAAAAAGGGUCUAUAUCAGACAUUGCUAACACAGUGCAUGAGUCAAUUUCAAAGGUAAACAAUGAGGAUCAUUUUUUGGAGUUGAUUGAUUGGAUUGAGUGUCAUAGGCCUGGUUUGAUGCUAGCAAAGGCAGUGUUGGGUGAACAAGUACCAACCCUAGUGGUGUCCUCAGGACAAAGGUUUCCUGUUACUGAGGUUGACUUUGGAUUUGGGAGACCCUUGCUAGGGACAGUUUACACUAGCAUUCCAAGGGUAGGAGUUGGAUACAUGAACCAAAGGUUAAGUGCCAAGGGUGAUGGUUCAUGGACUGUGUCUGCCAUUUUGUGGCCAGAACUGUAAGAUGCAUUGCUGAAUGACCCAAUUUUCCACCCCAUGUCUGUUUCUCAUCUUCAACUUUAGUGCACUACAUUGCUUUCAUCUUCUUUAUGGUUCGGUAUCAGCGUUUGUCUGUCAGUUUUAUUUAUGUUAGAAAGUAUUCCAAUA